AUGACGAACUUUUCGCUGACCAUCAUCUUAGUUUUACUGAUUUUACCGCCGAUCACCUUGAGCACUACAGACAACACCAGCACCAGCAAACCAAGUGGCAAUAAACCUCUUUCACUGUGUUAUGGACAACCAAGGACAAAUGGCAUCCCCGGUAUGCAUGGCAUACCGGGUUCUCCUGGGGCACCUGGCCGUGAUGCACGGGACGGAGCCAAAGGAGACCAGGGCAGCCUGGGAAAGACUGGGCCCCAGGGACCAUCUGGUGUAGAAGGAAAGAAAGGAGAUAAGGGAGAGUCUGGAUCCCAAGGCGCCGCCGGCCAAAAGGGACAGCGAGGGGAGAAAGGUGAGAGUGGAACCCCAGGAUCGCCUCAGCUUUCCUCGCACAUUAACUGGAAAGAAUGCACCUGGAAAAGUGUUGACCAGAAAGACUUAGGUGUGAUCCAGAAUUGUGACUUUAUGAAGAACUUCACAAACACUGCCCUCCAUGUUUACUUUGCUGGUAACCUCAGGAUUUAUAACUGUGACAACUGCUGUAGUCGUUGGUAUUUUACCUUCAAUGGAGCCGAGUGCAGCUCUCCUGGCUCCAUUGACGGUGCGUUCUACAUGCGAACCGGCAAGAACCACAAUCUUCAUCGUCACCGCCAUAUUGAAGGUCACUGUAAUAACAUCCACAAGGGAAAGGUGCGAGUGGGAUUCUGGGUUGGAAGUUGCAACACUGGCCAGAAGAAUUCUGACGCUUACACAGGCUGGGCGACAAUGUCCCGGAUCUUCAUUGAAGAGGUUCCAAAAGCUCAACAGUAAACACGUUACACGUGGUUCACUGGACUUUCUAGAAAAACCAUUAUAUAGUACAAAAGUUGCACUGUUGUAGUUUUAUAAGCGUUCGUAUCAACAGAUUUGAAACUGUUGUAUCAGCU